AUGCCACCAGCAAAGAAUCACACGUGGGGAGUUGCCUUUCUGGGCCGCGACGAAAAGUCGUGGGGCAAAGAUGGGAUUGGCAAUACCCCCAUUGACCCGAACAUUUGUCCAAGCCCCGGCCAAUGUCCGUACUAUCGAGAUCGAGAACAUGACUUGGACAAUGACAAGAUCCACUUGGUGAUUGCGUCCUUCCGAGAUCAACUGUGUCCACGAACACUCUACAAUCUGUUUACACGCGCCAAGAAUCCGCAUCGAAUCUUUGUCCGUGUCCUGCAACAACUCAAGCCCGACAGUGAUCUGGUCGACGAUGCCGAUUGUUGGGAAAUGGCCUGCAACACAUACAACAACAAUCCCGGGACCAACAAACUCAACAAUGGGCAGCCCUUUAAUUGCAAAGACUUUGAAAAAAAUGUCGAAAUGGUUACUAUUGAUGCUGGAUUGGCCAAGGGACCCUGCGAUGCCAGAUCCAAACUCAGCGCGCUCAUUGAACACGAUUACCGACAUGCCAAGGAUGGAAAACACAGACUCGAACCAGUUGACGUACGAGAUUACUGCAUGCAAACCGACAGUCACAUGGAUUUCUCUACCGGGUUUGACAAUGGUCUCAUUGCCAUGUUUCAUAGAGCCGAAAAUGAUAGAGCGGUACUCAGUACGUACGUCGCGGAUAUGACGCAAAACAAUCAGGAUCCCAAGGAAGUGCCGCAUCUUUGUAUGAUCACAUUCACGUCCACAUGGAGAAAUUGGGGAACCAAGUACAUUCGAUGGGCCCUCAAACCCAAAUUGACCAACCUCGUCUGGGGGGCCGGCAUGUCCUUUCAGAAAUGCCAUGCCGAACUCAACGUCCCCUACGACCCAUACCUCGACAAUGUAUUUGAUGGAGAAGAAACAUCCAGAGGCAUUCGAUUCUUUUCACAUGGAUAUGACGUCUACACGCCUGACAAGGUACUCGUCACUCACGACUAUGUCGGCCAUCAGAGUAAUCCCGUCAUUCAUACAUGGGGACGGAAAAACGCCAAAAAGGCCACUGUGGCGGAUGAAAAACGAAAAGCCAAAUUUGACAAUGUCGAUUGGUCCUACAUGGAGCACCUCACAAAAUUGAAAGGAACCGUCUAUCCCGACGGAGUCAGACGCAUCAACAUUCUCAUGGGCAUUCAGGAUGCCCGUCAUCCACACAAGGAUGCAGAACUGGAACGGCUCAUUGUCGAUGGGCGAUUCGGGUUGGGAACGGCACGAACACUCGAUCAGGCCUACCAAUUUGCAGGAUUCAGCAAUAAGGAUCUCAAAAUGCACGAGAAUCGGUGUGGUAACCUCAAAUGGGUCCCUUUCGAAGAUCGAGACGAAUUCAAUGAAAAGAAUGACUGGGGAGUCGCCAGCAAUCUACAACGACGCAUCUGGAAUGAAACUUCGCCUUUGUUGCCAGCGCCUCCUUCAUCGUCAUCGUCUGGAGGAGGCUCAUUGCCGGCGUCCUCACUGAGUCGAGGCUUGGUAUCGAAUAGUGAUGGCGGCGGUGGUGGUGGUCCGGUUGCGUCGUCUCAUCCGUAUUCGCAUGGCUCGACCUAUCACACAAUGGGGUGGGUGCUCAUGUUGGUCCUAGUGCUGGGAGGGUUCCUUCAUCGAAGCGGAGUACUGAGACCCAAGAAGCAUGCCAAACAAUUAUUAUGA